CAUCAGAUUCCAUCAUCAACAUUGGCCAAUAUUGAUGAUGAUGAUGAUGAUGAUGAAUCACCAUCAUCAUUGCCUUCAUCAUUUGUGCAGCAACAGCCCCAACAACCACAGCAGCAUCAACAACAACAACAACAACAACAAAAUUCAUCAUCAUCAUCAUCGAUAUCUAGCCUAUUUGAACGUGUAACAAAUUUUCGCCGUUCAUUGAUUAAAUCAAAUCAACACAGGAAAAAAGAUAAAUCAAGGCCACCAUCAGCAAGUUUUAGCCUUUUUAAAUGUUCACCAUCAUCAUCAACAUCUAUGACAACAACAUCAGAUCAUCAUCAUCGUCGAAUUUUAAUGAAUGGUGUCAUCACUGAAAAAAUUCUAAAUGGUCACAAUGUUGUUGAUAAUAAUAAUGAUAAUACUCCUACACCUACGUUUAAUGAUAAUGAUGAUGAUGAUAAUGGUGAUGGUGAUGGUCACCAUAAUGGGUCGACGACAAAAACAUCGACAUCCACAUCAGCUAUGGUUAUACAUGUUGAUGAAGAAGAUGCCAUUUACGGUUUCACUGCCAUGAAUCUAAAUAAUCCGACAAGACCAAGACAAUUACUUUCGAAACAGGCCAUUACAGCAUCGUCGUCAUCAAUGUUAAAAUCCAAAAUUUGUCCAGAAAAUCCACCAUCAUCAAUCAAACAAUCAAUGAUGAAUAAUGAAUUUCAAUCAUCAUCAUCAUGUGUUUCACUUUAUGAAACAAUUGCUGAAUACUGUGAACCACCGUCAAUUAGUGUAGCACCAUCGCCACAAUCAAUGGAAAAGCAACAACAACGUAAAUAUUCAUCAACCAAAACAAAUUUGUGUAUGACAAAUACGAAAUUUCAGCCAAAUUCAUCAAAUUCCAAUUGUUGGAAAAAUAAACGACGUUCAAGCGUUUCGGUUUUGUUGUUUGGAAAUAACAAUAAUAAUAAUGGCGAACAACAGCAACAACAACAAUUGAUUAAUUCUGAAUCUCAAAAACAAAAAUUAUCACCAACACACGUUACACAUUACGAUUCAUAUUCACAACCAUGUCAUCGAUCAUCAGAUGAUAUUCUAAUGAUGUCAUCAUCGAAAUCGAAUCAGAAUACAACAUCACGAAUCUAUGAAAAUGUACAGAAUACCAGAAACCAAUUCAAUUAUCAUAAACAUAAUAACCAUCAUCAUCAUCAUCAUCAUAUAUUUCCUGAUCCUACACGUAAAUUAACCAAAGAUUCUGGAUAUGAAUCAUCAUCAUCUACAUUGGUUAGUGUAGCACGUGGACCAACAGCUAAUAAUAAUUAUCAACAUCAUUCAUCAAUGCUAAAUAUGAUUACAUCAUCAUCAGGAUAUGGUAUAUUACAAAGAUCCAAUGAUAAUCGAAAUCAAACGAUAAUUAUUGAUCAUUCAAAAUCUGAUUCAAUUGAUUCUAAUCUAAGUCAUAAAAGCUUUGAUUCUCCAACGAAUUAUUCAUUGAGUCAUUCUAUAAAUGGCCAUCAUAGUUUAUCUUCAUUGCCAUCUCCAUCAUCAUGUUCGCCAGAAACACCUGAACGAGGAGAACGAAUUGUACAGCCACAAGAAGCAAUGGAAAUACCGGAAUCACCACCACCAACUCCACCGAUUCGUUAUUCUAGUUUACCGGAAAAUUAUCCAAUAACGGAAAAAAUCUCUCCCACCGAAUUUAAAUCAAUCAAUUACUGUGAUCAACAAUCUGAAUUCAACUAUUCAACCGAAAUGCGAAUUAAUUCCGAAUCAUCAAAUAACGAUGAUGUUCAUUGGUCAUAUAAUCUGUAUCCCAAAAUGAGACGUAAAAAACAACAACAACAAUUACAAUUGGAAGAAAAUCCAUAUGAUAAUCAAAUAGAAUUGAGCUUACCACCAACACAACUUCCACGAUCACAAAAAAAUCAAUAUUCACCUCCAUCAUCUGUGGCAUACGGUGGUUAUCCAUCAUCGCAACAAAUUCCACCACCAUCGGCAACACAAAUUGUUCGUAGUCAUCGCGUUCAACAGGUGAUUCGACAAGAAACGAAACAAUACUCUGAUGAUUCUGGAUCUCAAACUUUUUCUUUGGUCAAAAAUUCACAGCCACCCGCAUUACCACCAAAAUCAUCCACAAAUACAAGUCCAAAAAAUAUCAAAGAAAUACAGAAACGUGCUGUAUAUGAAUUUUAUUUACGACAAAAAGAAAAAAAGAAAAAUCGUAAUGGUCAACAAGCAGUCGCAGCAGGUGAAAAUCAAAAUUUACAUUCCUCAUCACCACAAAUAUUAAAACAAACGACAGCUACGACGUAUGUCAACGAUCAAGAAAAUCAAGAUGAUGAUAAUAUAAUCGAAUUCAAGGAAAUCAAGGCUAAAAUUGAUGAAAUCAAUAAUUCCAACGAUUCCCAACAACUACAACAACAACAACAGCCAGAAUAUCAUCAUUCAUCAAUCAAUGAUUUUCCUCUGCCACCGCCACCAUCUUUAGAUAUGGCAAUUUUAUCAUCAUCAUCGAAUGGUCAACAUGACAUUGAUGACGGUGAUGAUAAUAAUAAUGGCAACGAUAACAAUAAAAAGUUGUUAUCAUCAAUGUAUUCACUGUUCAAAAGAUUAGGUUUAGAUUUGAAACUAUUUUGGCCAUCAUUGGAUUUCAAGCAAUUGAUACCAAUGUUGAUACUAGUAUUCAAUCGAAAUGAAACCGAUAUUGAUGGUGAUGAAGGAACGAUGAUAAUAACUAUGAAGAAUAAUGCAAACAAAACAAUGAUGAUCGACUAUGAAGAUGAUGAUGAAGAAGAGGAAGAAUUAUUACAUAUCGAUCAGAUUCGUCGCUAUAAAAAUGGUCUGCUUUCUCGUAUGAAUUUAUUACAAAUGGAAUCCAAUCGUAUUGCAAAAGAUUUAUCGAUAUUUGAAAGAAAAAUUGGUCAAUUUAUUCAUCAAAAAUUGAAUGAAUUGGAUUCAAAUCUAAGUCAUAAAAUGGAAAUUUUAUGCGUUGAUAUGAUACGAAUCAUACGAUUGAUAUUCUCAAUACAGCAACAAAUCAAAAAUGUUGACUUUGAUGUGAAUGAUAAACAACAACAACAACAAGAUGAUGAUGAUGAUGAAAUGAAAAAAAAUGAACGUUUAUUACAAUUGAAUGGACAAUUGAAUCGAGCACAUAAUUUAUCAGUUGCCAUACAACAACGAUGCAAUAUGUUUAUCAAUCGUAUUUUACAACGUUCAUUUGAUAAGAAAAACAACAACAAUAACCAUCAUCAAUGGUCAUCGGAACAAUUGUUUAAGAAAAUUACAAUGAUGAUGACAAUCAAUGAUAAUAAUGUACAUCACGAUGAUGAUAUUGUUCUACAACAAGAUAACGACGAUGAUAGAAUAAUAAAAAAUUGGCUUGAAAAUCAAGAUCAUCAUCAAUCGCUACAACCACAGACGAACAAUAUGGUCGUUGAUGAUGAUGAUUGUAGUAAUGAUAAGAAAAUUUUUAUUUGGUCUCUUUCACAGUUAACUCGAUCAUAUCUAAAACAUUUAGAAUUGUUAAAUGUACAACAACAAAUUAUUGAUGCACUUAUCAUUUAUUAUCAACAACAACAGCAUGCAUAAUUUGAAAUUCAAAAUCUUCUAAAGAUCCGAAUCGAUACCGGAAAAAAAUAUUCAGGUGAUUCCAAUUGUUGAUAAAACGAUGACGACUACGAAAUUAUUUAUUCUGAUGCCCAGAUUACAGUGCCAAUUUUAUUUGUUUUUAUUUAAUUUUUCUGUCAAUUUUAAUAAAAAAAAAUUCUUUAAAUAAAUCAAAUUGUCAU